AUGUUAAAUUAAUUAAGAAAAGCAUAAUUUAGUACCAUCACAUAAUAUCAAAUCAGGUAUGUUGAAGUUAUCAAAUAUUAGUCAGAGGUGUAUUUAAACAGUAAUUGAAAGAAGGUGAAACUUAUAAUAACUUUAAAGUCGAUGAAUUCUACAGAUCAAGAGAUUUUUAGACAUUGUGUUAUAAAAUGCAUCACACAACUACUAAUACAAAUUAUAUUCAUUUUGCAACUAAUUCUAUUGUGAAUCAAGGAGCUUUGAUAUUUAAAACUCCAGCUAUCGAUAAUAGUGGAAUUCCACAUAUUGUAUAAUAAAUCUUAACAUGUGGUUCAUAAAGAUAUCCAGUCAGAGAUGCAUGGUCUCAUAUGAGAGGACGCUCUCUACAACCUCCAGAUUUAGUGCCUUAUGUUGGCACAGAUCAUACGGUGUUUUAGGUGUAAUCUGCUUUAUUUGAAGACUUGAAACAACUUUUCAAUCUCACCUUUGAAUAAGUUUUUAGACCAAUGUUCAGGGAAGUUGAUUUCCUCUAGUAAAUUAGAGUUCAAGUACUUGGAGGGAAUGAACUCAUACUCAGAGGCAUUGUUUACGAUUAAAUGAUAAAACAAUUAGAAUAACCAGAUUUCAUACAUGCAGAAGCAGUCCGCAAACAUCUUCUAGAAGGAACUGCUUAUCAGUACACAACAGGGGGAAUUCCAAAAGAGAUGACUAAUGCAAGUUAUGAAAGAUGCUAGCAAUAUUAUAAGGACUAUAUUCACUUGUCAAAUGCUUACCUUGUAACUGUAGGAGACAUAGAUGUUUUGUAAUAUUGUUAAUAUUUUAAUGAUUUAAUUGAAUAACAUUAAAAUACCAUCAAGCCGAUUAAAUAAUUGGAUUACCAACCUGCUAAAUUGUUUGAACCUAGACUAGCAUUGAAAGGAUAGCCUUCAUUUUCAUUUGCCUAUAGAGGUGCUAAUUUAACCGAAACACCUGAAGAUUAUUUCAAGUUAGGAAUUCUAUCAUUUUUAUUGCAUGACAUUUAAGAUUAUGGAUUAAGACCCACUCUUGAGAAGUAUGGGUAGUAUUGUCUCAAUUUCGGAGCAGAUAUGACUUUGCACAAUUAAAUUAUAUAAUUUGGAUUUAAUAACAAGGAAUGCGAAUAAGAGUUGUAUACAUUUAUGAAAUAACUAACGGAUAAUAUCUAUCAGGUUAUACCUUAAAACAUCAUAAAUAUUGCUUUGGAUAGAAUCAGAUUAAGAAGAUCAAUAAAUGUAUCCGAUAUAAUUCCAUACAUUAUAAAUAAUGUCAAACCAUCCAUAUACUUAAACUAAGAAUGCAAAAGUGAAGAUUUCUAAUCCUUAAUCGAAAAGUACUUUACUAAAGACAAAUGCACUGUGAAUAUGGAAGCUGAUCAAUAUUAUAUUGAGGAUAUGAAUACAGAAAUUAAAUAGCAUUUGAAGUAAUUGUAGGUGAACUAUCAAUAACUAUCUGAAUAAUAAAAAAUCAUAGAGGAAGACACAGAUGUUUUGAGUUUAGAAUCAUUACCUAAGUUAAAUGCAGCCAAUAUCAUACCAUUGUUGAAAUAAAAGAAUUCCAUCAAAUUAGAUCUAAAUUGUAUUAUAUAUUUACUAAUGAAUAGUUAACAUCCCUUGUAGUAUUUUUGCAGCUAAACACCCUCAACAAACUAACAUCAAAUGGAUUAUAGAUGUAAGUUAAUUCAGUCAAAAGGAUUACGAAACCAUUUGCAUUUUAAAAGACUUAUUACCUGAGUUUUUCAAUAAACAAGUAAGCUAACAUGAUGUGGAAUGUUCUGUGGUUGAAGAUAAAUUAAUUAUCGAAUUGAUCUGUUUGGAUAAGAAUAUUGAAGAGGCCUUUUAAUAAUUUCAAUUAGUAACUGAUCCAGCUUUGGAUAAUUUAGAAUUGAUAAGUUAAUCCUUGUCUAUCAUCAGUGCUAAUUAUUUAAGCAAUGAAGACAUCCCUCAGAUUGCUGUAUCAUAUUCUUAAUAAGAGAAAUACCCCAUCAUUUAAUAAGCAAGGAAAAUUUGCUAACUAGAAGUUGAUAUCUUGAAAAAUUAUAGCGCAAAACAAAUAUUGGAAUAAUUGAGUCAACAAUUAAUUGCUGUUUUCUACAAAAUUAUGAAUAAGAACAUCUAAUCUUUCGAAGUAUAUUCUAAUCCCCUUUUGAAAGAUAAAAUUAAUUCUUAACUAAACUUACUAUUGACAAAUAUCAAGUUAUAAUUUGACGGUAUUACUAUUUAAAUGUAUCUUUAGAUUACUUGAUGAAUAAAAUAGACUUUGAAGAAAAGUAUGAAGUAGUUCCAUUCAAAUAAGAAUUUCAAUACUUAAAAUUGUAUGUUGCCUUAAACACUCACACAAAUUGUGUUACUGAAACAAUCCAAAUAGCCCAUAAACCAGCUAAUUACAUUUUAUCUAAUCUCUUAACACAUAUAUUCAUUCCUUAAUAUUGUAACGAUUCACAAUUAGGAUACUGUCAAUAUAACAUUGGGAAAUUGACAUUUUAUACUGUCAACGAUAUUCAUACUCUCAGAACUUACAGAAUAUUUGAAAACGCUGUUCAUUUAUUAUUAGAAUGUUUAGAUUAGGAUAAUUUGAAUUCAGCAAAAUUAGGUAGUUUUAGCAUUGAAGAUCCUGAGAAAAUGUAAUAGAUUUUGGUAGUUUCCGAAGAAGAUGUAAAGGAGCAAGCUCAGUAUGUGUUAAAGCAAAUGGCUGAAGGUUAGACAUCAUAAGUGAUAUUUGGAAAACAAGUUUAAUAAUUAGAUGAAUAUGUGAAAAGAGGGUGGACCAUCGAAAGAUAUAUUAGUGAAGUUGCUGUUUGA